AAAGUUAACCAAAGCUUAAUUCUCAUUCGCAUCCGAGAUACGAAAGAGGAAAAGCCAUGGCAGACUCAUCAGAAGAAGCUCUCGAGGUUCGCCGGGGUUCGGUGGCUGCAACCCUAAUCUUCACCAUCGUAAUUGCUUUCCAGUUCAUUUCCAGGUGGCUCGAACACUUGAAGAAGAAAGGAUCGAAGACUGCGACGGAGGUCCAGCUACGUGAGGAGAUAAAGAAGCUUAUGAAGGAAGCCAGUAGUUUGUCGCAACCAUCUACGUUUGCACAGGCUGCCAAGCUUAGAAGAAUGGCCGUUGCAAAGGAGAAAGAGCUUAUGAAUUAUCAAGAAUCACAUAAAAACGAGCUGAAAGUAUCUUGUGAAUUGUAUCUGAAAGUCUUCUUCGCGGUAAAGGUCUUAACUUAUCUUGUGCUGGUAUGCUGGUUUUGGAGGGUCCCUGUGGCCACCAUAUCUGAGCAGCUUGUCCAACCCUUUGGCAAGGUGUUAUCAUGGAAGGGUGGAGGAAUUUUGAAUGACAAUGUCAUGGUAGGAAUCAUACCCUGGUUAAUAUUAUCUACAAGGGUUAGCAAAUUCAUUUGUAGACUUUUCAAAUUUUAGGAUUCAAGUGAUUAAUAUAAUAUGCCUAAUUAGAAGCAUAAUUUGUUUUUUUUUAUUACAAAUUAGGGAGUUUUGCUGCUGAGUUUUUGUCUAUUGCUUCAUAUGAUUUCUUGGAUUGUAUGUAUGUGUAAAGUAGCUUUUCGGUAAAGCUUGAUAGAAAAAUGUUGAAUGCUAUGAUUGGGUAUUUUUCAUGGCCAUUCAUUUUUUUUAGGUCUUGUGUUAUCUUUCUUAAAAUAGAACAUAACAUCGAAAGCAUUUUGUAACGAAAACGCAAGUUCGCUAAAAUUGUUCUAUUCUGUCAA